AUACUCUUUCCUUUGCAGGUCUCACAGAGGCACAAAGCAAACGAGCCUCACGUGUCACCAGCUCCCGCAGCUUUGGCACCAACGUCAAGCCCUCCAAUGGCCUUAGCUUUGACUGCCCCGAGGAGUUCGGCUACUACCCGCACCCCUCGGACUGCACUCAGUACUACGUGUGCGUCUUUGGAGGAGCGCUGCUCGAAAGCUGCACAGGGGGCCUGAUGUACUCGCACGAGUUGCAGACCUGCGACUGGCCCCGUAACGUCGGCUGCGAGUUGGUGGACACAUCCUCGGAGCGCGGCCCCGCAAAUAGCCAAAGCCAGAGCCAGACGCACACCCAGGCGCAGCAGCCUCAACACGUGCCCAGUCGAGUGCGCUUUGGGGCCGCUUUUAGCAGCCAGAGCGGCACACAAAAGGUGCCUACGGUGGCGCCACAGUACCACCGCUCUCCGCCCCAGGUGAUCCAAGCGCAGGUCCAGCACAUACCGCCUCCGCCUCCUGAGCUGCGAGUGCCACCCAACCCGGUAAUCACGUCGCGGGGACAACCGAAACCUCUGAUUGACUCCCAGGAGGAAAUUGCAAAGCUGUACGUUGAUGCUCAAGAAACGCUGCCGCCCGUGGAAGAAGAGGAGUCCGAUCGCCAGCAAAGAGUUUAUCGCGGUCAACCCAGCACCGUUAACCAGGUGCAGCGCGAUCGCGACGGUAUCAUCCACCAGGCUAGUAUUAAUGCAAUUCCCCAAGCUGGCAAGAUCGGAUCGUAUGCCUUUGGAACGGCCUACAGCGAAAGCUUGAACGACGACCAGACGCUCGAAUACGAACUGUCCCACAACCGACUCGAUAAAGAUAAACGGCGCAAACGUCGCGACCUUAGCGCGCGGGUGACUGAAACUUCCCCCGCAGAGCCUUCAGGAACAGAGAAUUCCUACGACUCCAACACUUCGAGUGAAGUGGUGGAGCCAGACACCUUGAGCACACUUUCGAUUAGUAGUGAGUCCUCAAACAGCUCCAACAAUUCAAAAGAACGCUUCGAUGAGGGAGCGCCCGCUAUCACUAAGCCACGGAAAUACUCCUCAAAGAUCAGACAGCCGAAAAUCGAGAACGCCAUGGAGUUUGACUACGAACAGAUCCCUGACGAUAACGGCGAAUUAGUGGACGGAGAUGAAGAUGGAGACGAGGGUGAUGUAGUCACGGGAGAGUCAAAGAGGCGGGCGCGCCAGCUGCGACCUGUUUCACACGCGUCAUCAAAGUGGCCAGGACCAAACUAUCGCGCCAUCGACGCACCCUCAUCCACACAGUAUUCCCAGCAAACAGGCUACAGCUUUGGAAGUUACAACCCGUACCUCUCGCCGCCUAAUCCUGUCCAUACCCAAGCACAUGGUAGUCACAAUUAUAAUCACUUAAGUUCCGGCUACCAACCCUACCAGCAGCAGCAGGUCGUUCCCGCUGGCUCCCUCCCCCAGCAAAAGCCAAAAGUGGUGUACACCGGCUAUAAUCUGUCUUUGCCUCCGCCGCCUUUGGAGGACGACUUUCGACCCAUUGCAGGGAGAUACUAUGGUGCGGCAGCCACAGGUCCAAACAAUCAGCGACCCCCCAAAAACCAGCAGCAGCAGUCGAGCGCUGGCGACCUGCUUCCCUACCUGAUUCAACAGCUAAAGGAACUAAAGGAACGGCGCAAGCAUCUGCAGGCGGAAAACUUUGCCUACUUCCAUCUGGACAAUCAGCCGGUGAGCCCGGCCCCCGCUUCAGGGACCACAUUUGUGCCCACAGCCAGCACCACCUCGCAUACUCCCUUUGCCUACUACUCCCCCAUAGACCCAUCAAAGCCCGCACACCAGGUGACUCCAAACGGUCAGUACAGCACCAUGGGUGGAUUCUUUAACAACCAGAACCCGGACCAAGUCCCCUACACCGCCAACUACCCCGGCAAGGUGGUCUCCCAUUAUAGCAUUGGCGCUGCCGACGGACAGCGCAGCACCACGGAGAGCAACUACUUCCAGUACAACAUUGUAGCCAACCAGAAUAUGAAAGGAAUAUUUAGCACUGCCAAGCCGGUCCAGGUUGGGCACUCUACUAUUAAAGUUAGACCGCCUGUUACGCCGCUGCAGGUGACUCAGAGCAUCAACGUGAUAUCGGCCCCUAAUCUGGCCUACAACAGGCCCAAUAGUCUACAGCAAGUUCCGUUCCGUGACAUUUCGCACUUGCCUGUGGGCAUUAGCUAUGCCAGCAAUAGCACUAUGCCAGAAUCUUACCAGACCUUCACCAAAUCAAUCAGCACCACAGAGGCGCCGCUGCGCGAACCGCCCACGACAACGCCCAAGUCUAAGCUGACAAACUUUCAAUUCAACAUCCACGAGUUCAUGGCCAACCUAAAGUCCAGCGAUUUGGCCAGUGUAAGCCCAGCCGUAAAUCCGUUGAUCAAGUAUUUCAAGCAGGUCAGUAGUGACGGUAAUGGAAAUGUCAAUGGCAACCUGCGCAACGCGCUGGUUCUUCGUCGCCCUGUUACAGGCAUUACAAGUUCAACUAGCAGCUCUAUCACGACCACUCAGAUUCCGACCACGCCGAGUCCAGCGACGACCAAAACUCGCCUGAGAGUCAAGCCGACAGUGCCCACGCCUGCCACUCCGUCCACAACGAGAGCUCUCAAAGGCUACGAAAACUUCAUCAAAGGCAUUCAGAACCAACUUAACCAACAAGCCUCAAGCCCAAGUCCUGCCUCCAGCACAUCGACCACCACUCUGCGUGUUCCGACCACCACGACUCCAGACAGCGUUGACUAUUACGACGAGGAUUACGAAGAGGAUGAGGACAUACUGCCUCCGUCUCAAAUGCCUCCUUAUAUGCCCAUGUCUGAGACCAUGGCUCCUCCACGCCCACAAAUAACGGCAGCCACCCCGGUCCCCGAGUCUGCUGGAAAAGUACGACCAAACUUCCAAACGGGCUUCCUGGAGGCUACGACAACUCGCCGCCCGUUUCCCAACUUCUCGCAGCUGGACCAACCAAGUACCGAUACUGACGUGCCAUCGUUCCUCAGUUUUCCCAGCGACAUAUUUCAAGAACUAAAGCAGCGGCGGCCUCAGCUCCCGGAGUCUAACACCCUCCAGACUAGUACCAUUACCCGAACACCCAUGGCCACAAGCAGCUUGCAUUCGACUUACAAUCCAGACCCAUCCUCCUCCACGACGCCGCCAACGACGCGAGUGCGAUACACAGCGCGGCCGCGUACGCGAGGACAACAAAAAUGGAUGACGGUGUCACCGCUCCAGGGGCAACAGGACACAAAAAACCUCUCCGCCAGUGGUCCCGUUGUUUUAGACUCCAGCAAGCAGAGCAACCUUGGCGGACUGCAACUGAACUCCAUACAUGUCGGCUCAGGUGCAGAACGACACAGGGAUAUAGAGUACCAGCAGCAACAGGAGCAGCAGCCAGUUGCCCCCCAGUAUCACCCAACAGUGCGCCAACAGCAGCCACACUCAACCUAUCGCCCUCUAGAACUCUCGGUCACGCAAACGCCCCCACAGAAGCCGUCUUACGGCAACCAGCCGUCCUUAACCUACACCACAGAAUACGAUGAGGACAUCAAUGCGCAGAUCGAGCAGGAAAAUGUAUACGAUCAGCCAACGCGUUCUCCGCAGAGACAGACAGAACAGGUGGCCAUACAAAGAUUGGAGUCCCGGGCCACCCCUUCAAGCGCCCCCUCCUCGACGACAUCCGCCUUGCCUCACGAUGCUCGCACCUACUACGACACGUUUACCACACCCGAUCCUCCGGAGUUCGGGUCUGCCGACUACAGCUUCUCCAAUUCUGCAGAGUACGCUUACGGGUCGGUAGAGGACUACGAUCAGACCAAGCGCACUUUGACUAGAUCCAAGUCCAAGUCCCAAACCGAUACAGAUGACUUCGACAUAAUCGCCAAUGUUGUGGGUCCUACCGUCAAAGGCCUAUCGGCGCCUCUUACACGACCCCAGAGCACAAAAUCGACUGUGGCACUCAGCAGGAGCCCAACUAAUAGUUCCAUCACCACCACACAAACUGUUAAGGUCACACAGACCGAGACAACAACAACCACGACAUCACUUCCACCAACAACAACAACAAAAAAACAAGCAAGCUCGAAAGCGCAUGCAAAUAAGCCAUAUAAACAACAUGAUCCCAACAAAUCAAAGACAACUAGUAAUCAUGCUUUCAGUACUCCAACCACCACCACGACCAGCCCCACACCUCCCCAGAAUCCAUCGACCUAUAGUUCCAAUCCGUUUCUUAAAACCAAACUCCAAAGUCUUGCUAAGUCGCUGGUUAACUCUGUCACACUCAGCCUGCCCCAAGCAAAUACCACCAAAAACCGUCACGUUCAAAACAUUACAAACUCCUCCAAAACAGAGCCAGACCAAGUACCCGCCCAAACCUUAUCCCCAAUUCCCCCGUUUCCGACUACGCCAUGGCCUCUGGUAAAGGACAAAUCAGACAGUAAUCAACUGGAGCCCGUGGAGACUGUCUUCGACGAAAGUCAGAACGUUCAAGUUCAGACGGCCGAGCCGCCAAAAAGUCGCUCCUUCGAAACCAGCACCUCGCCAAAGUUUCUAGACUUUAUCAAUGCUGCCGCUUAUGGAACUAGUCCGCGUGGAAAUUUGCUGGAUUCAGCAAACAGUGAUAUACCGUAUCGCGAAAAAGGCUAUUCAUUCGAGUCAAUCUCGAAGGAACCAGAGACCCAACGCAAACGUAUUCAAACCUACAUCACAUCAGAUGUGGCGCCGCAGACUUUCAGAGCUCCGGAAAACAGUGGAGUGAUACCACCACCGGAAGAAAUGGAUAGUUCGAGUACAACGCGACCAAAUAAGCCAAUUCAAUAUAGUCUGCAACGUGGAUCGCACGGUUUUAGUUUGCGCGUGGAGCUGAACCAGAUCGAAAGUAAUGCGUCAGGGCCAACUUUUGGGGAGAAGAAGAGUCUGUCCUCCAGCACAAGCACAACUUACCCAACAACACUUGCUGGUUUGACUGAGGAGUCUGGCGAUAUUAUACCCACAACAUAUUCCCCACCUCUUCGUAUUUGGCGCAAUGGAAGACCCACAAUUCAACAGGCCUAUUAUAGGCCAACAACCUUAAGUCCCAGCACAACUACAAGUACCAGUACGAGCACACCAGCUCCUACCACCUCCAAUGGCAAUGUUGGGUCUAAGAGCACCAUCAGGACCACUACAACACCAAAUGCUUUGACGGCGCCAAGCACGGAACGGUAUAUUAUUCCGGGACUGAAUUAUGCAGGCCGCGCCAAUUACUUUAAAGACAGCCUAAAUCGAGUGACUGCCAACCCGGCAGUGCGAUAUGUCUCACCGUACAAAAGUCUGGAAAACUUGCUCCAAGAGGAUCGCCAGCACCAGCACCACCACCUGCGAACAACUGGUAGACCGCGAUUCACAAACGCACCUGCCUUUCCGCCCUUCCUUCAGACUACUUCAAAACCGCCAAAGAAUCUUUUCAUGACCACAUAUGAAAGAAAUACCAGUCAAGAUGUUUUGGCCACAAUGGCAACAGGAAACGCACGUAACUUUAGCGUAAGUGACGCUAUUCUCAGCACAUUUAGUCCUCAGCGACCUGCGCCAAAUAUGCUGCGAACCACCACGUCAACAACUACUACUACCACGGAGCCACCACCGCAAGAAGUGACAACUACUACUACUGCUGCCCCAACGACCGCUUCCGCCCUGAUCGCCUCUUUGCCCAUCCGGGUAUCCCAGUCCCCAAUGCCCCCCCGAGGCCGUUCUCGUUAUACGGCGGCCACUUUAAACAGUCUCGGGAACGGCCUAGACGAGCCCACGACUUAUGCUCCAAAGUUUAGGUUGCCAUCCGGAUAUGAUCCCAGUCCGUAUCAGAAACGGAAGCCUCAACGCGUCCGGGUGUUCAGUAAUCAGCGGGUUUCAUUUGGGGAGCCAACAGCCAAGCCACAGGAAAAGUAUGAAGUCUACAAAGACGCCUUACAAGCCAAGGAUUCCGAUGAUGGCGUCCAAAGUGUUUUCAGCAAGUCGCUUAAGCCAAAAACAAUUGAUAAUGAGGCUAGCAGUCAGGACGAGCCGAGGGCCGAGGCCUUAAUCAGGCCGCCAUUGCCAACCAAGCAACAAAACAGCAUAGAAGAGCCUGGUGUUGCGAUAGCCUACAGCUCCACCGAACACGUGGUGGCGAUAACAGACCGUCCAACUGUCAAGUUUCUUUACUCUAACAAAUAUCGACAACAAACGGUAGAACGCACUCUGGCGGAGAGUCUUCAGAACGCCGGGUACAUUACAUCUGCCAACGGGCGGGCACAGAAAUUCAGAUCUGCCAACGUCCUCGAACAGCUCAGGCAGUUCCUUGCCGGCAGCGACAGUAACAGCAACAGCGAUGAGAGUGGCUCAUCUCAAUUCGUAGACGAGUAUUCACUGCCCGAAAUAAAGGCAGCAGUCAAUGAGAUUAAAGAACUUUACUUGCCCACUGACCAACCUGCUACGACCACUAUAAAAUCAAGCACGACGACGCUGCGUCCUACCACCACGCCAAUGGUACCACCCACCUCCUCCCGACCCACUGCAGCAACUGUUACCGCUGUAACAACGCGACAAGUAUCUUACCAAUCCAAGGCCAACUCCUUUCCUUCCACUUUAAGCGCAUGGAGCGCCGAUCCCACUCCAACCGCUAGAACCACCCUGAGCACCUCCGAUUUUAGUAGCGCUAGAACCCCGAAAGCCCCACCAGUUUCCCCAACCCCAUCCCCCACCAUUGCUACAGCUAUACCCUCCUUGUUUACACCGCCCACUGCGCGCGCUUCAAGGGUUAACAAUAUCAUAAAGUCGUCGAUUGCCGCCGCUGCCCUCGGCUCUAGCCCCUCAACAUAUCAGCCACCAGUGUCAGCGGCCAAAGCCCAAAAGUUCCAAUUCGGAUUUGCCCCCAACAAUAAGAACCACCAACACCAAACAAGCACCAGCAACCACAAUGGCCCCGCAGCCUCAGUGAAGUGCUCUGAUAGCACACUGAACGCCAAAUGCAACGAGAUCCCUUCAAGAAACCACAAUAGAAACCGGGGUAGUGCCAUUUACGCCAAUCAGGAUAGAGACGUACUUUCUACGCCGAACCGCGGAACUCACCCACCACGGACACGCCCGACACUGAAGCCAUCGGGAACCAUUGUGUCAAAAGCGCAAGAGUUUGUGGAUAUAUACCGGUACCCUCCGUCUCGCCCGGACCCCAUAUACCCACAGCCCACGCCCGACAAAACGGCAGCCAAGUGCCGGAAGGAUGUAUGCCAGUUGCCGGACUGCUAUUGCGGAGGCAAGGAAAUACCUGGCGGGUUGAGCGCCUUGGAGACCCCGCAAAUUGUGCUGAUGACGUUUGACGAUGCCGUCAACAUUAUAAAUAUCGAUCUUUACGAAGAACUCUUUAAUAAUAAGUCGCGGAUAAAUCCUAACGGUUGUCCCUGGCGCGGAACUUUUUAUCUAUCGCACGAGUGGACGGAUUAUGGCCUGGUACAGGAUCUGUAUUCACAAGGGCAUGAAAUGGCCUCUCACACUGUUUCCCAUAGCUUUGGCGAGCAGUUCUCGCAAAAGAAGUGGACACGUGAAAUUGCCGGCCAGCGGGAGAUUCUUUCUGCCUACGGCGGAGUCAAAUUGUCGGAUGUACGAGGCAUGCGCGCACCAUUCCUCUCAGUUGGCGGAAACAAAAUGUACAAAAUGCUAUACGACUCAAACUUUACCUAUGACUCCUCGAUGCCCGUCUACGAGAACCGACCGCCCUCCUGGCCGUACACCCUGGACUACAAGAUAUUCCACGACUGCAUGAUUCCGCCCUGUCCAACCCGCUCCUACCCGGGGGUAUGGCAAGUCCCCAUGGUCAUGUGGCAGGACUUAAACGGAGGUCGCUGCUCAAUGGGUGACGCCUGCUCGAACCCUAGCGAUGCGGAUGGUGUAACAAAGAUGAUUAUGAAGAAUUUUGAACGCCAUUACACCACGAACAGAGCACCUUUCGGCCUGUUUUAUCAUGCUGCCUGGUUUACACAGCCCCACCACAAAGAGGGCUUCAUCAAGUUCCUCGACGCCAUUAAUGCCAUGCAGGAUGUAUGGAUCAUAACAAACUGGCAGGCCCUGCAAUGGGUGCGAGAUCCAACACCGACGUCUCGCAUUAACUCAUUCCAACCUUUCCAAUGCGAUUAUUCGGAUCGCCCCAAACGAUGUAACAACCCAAAGGUUUGUAAUCUGUGGCACAAGUCUGGCGUGCGGUACAUGAAAACGUGUCAGCCCUGCCCUGACAUCUAUCCAUGGACUGGAAAAUCCGGAAUUAGAUCUUCACGCAUCGACAAUGAAGUUGAAGAACCGGCGGCGUAAGACACACCAUUGGAAGUCUCGCAUGGACCUUUUGCGCAUGAAAAUCUUAGGCAAGCAGUAGACAAUGAGCAAUCUAAGAUGUCGAAAUGUUAAAGCAACUAUUUUUUCAAGCUCGAAAUACGGAAUUCACUCGUUAAAAUAUUUUUUAUAUAACCUAAUAUUUUUAGAUAAUUUUUUAAAGGAAAGAUUUUAUAGUUAAUUUUUUGGAGAAUAUGACUACAAAUUAUUUAUUCCCUUUUACAUACUCAAUACCUAUCUGUAUAUUCCUAUAGAUUUUCACGUAUACGAAUAUUCUUGGAGUUGCACACGCAAUCCUAGCAGGACCCUUGUAAACGAAAAUCAAUUAGGCAUAAGACCGUAGACUAAAAAGUACUAAAAAUUGCGUGUUUGGUGCACCAAGUCCUUCGAUGACAUAACAGUAUAGUCGAUGGGAUUUGGAUGCACCAACUCCAAGGUUUCAAACGAGGAACGCAUUUAGUGAUUAAGCUAAUAUAUUUUUUCGUUAACUUGUGAUACAGAGUUACAAUUGAAUUUAUCUAAUAUUAAACUUCCACAAGCCUUUUUAAAAAUGUCCCCCCUUUUCCUCAAGACUCGAAAUUAAUAUGAGUUUUAUUUAAUGUGUCGUCAGAGACCUUUAAUUUUCGUUUUUAAUGCUCAUAAAUACAUUUAAGAUUUUUAAAAAAGGGAACGCAUUCCUUAUUUUAAAUUGUUUUAGAUGCAACCUUUGGUUUCAUAGUCUUAACUUAUUGGUACCCAAUCAACGGCAGUCACUCAGAGUUAAUACAAAAAUUUCUAUUAACCAAAUUCCAACCGAAUCUCCUUACCGAUUCGGGUGGAAUUUAGAAGGAAGAGAUUUUGAUGCACCCCGGAGUAAGAGAAAAAAAAAACGGUGAAAAGCAAGAAACAGAUAGAAAAGUCGCAACGAUUGCCAAUACUUAGCCGUUCUUAAGAAAAAUAAAAUCUUUCAAUACAGGUCAUUGAAAUAACGUGCAAGCCUUUGCGGUGUAGAAAAAAAUAUAUAUAAGAUAUAUUCAAAAGUAUUAAGGGGAUUCAACAUGCAAUAAUUAGAAAUAAUAAUUGAAUAAGUCAAGUUGCAAAUAUUUUAAGGGCAUAAACUAUUCACAGCAUGUCGCAACAUAAGAAAAUUUUUGAAAAAACGAGUGAAUUAAGUAUUUUGUGCUAAUGUUUAUAAAUAAAGCAACACCUAUGUAUGGAUGUACGUAUGUUUGUAAUAAAAUGUAAUAUUUAAUUUGUAA